AAUAGCAAUUUCCGAAUAGGGCCUUACAUAAAAGCCCUUAGAAAUACUAACAGUAUGCCAGAGUUUCAUUGAAAGGAAAUCCAGUGUUCAACACAGCUGACUAGCUGGCGGUAUUCACUCCGCUUUUUUACCGUCAAGUUAACCUCAAGAGUGAAAUGUUGGUCUAUACGAAGAUGAUCGUAAGCUGCGGUAACUUAAAAUUGCAGUUACCGGCGACGCUGAGAAGCCUAAGUACUCUGAGUCCGAAAAUAGAAACGAGAAGAAAACGAAAUGAGCUUUUUGAUAACGAAAAAAAGCGUCAACGUGCGGCAGUCGGUCGAAUAGAGAAAAUAGAGGUGAAAUACUUGGGAUUAACCGAGGACGUGACACUGGUAAUGAAUAAGUUUAUUUCCACACCUUACAACUGUGCGCAACAUAUUUCUGAAAGCGUCAGGAACACCGCAGCUCUUGCUGAAGUAAACGGCGUACCUUGGGACAUGCACUCACCACUUGUCGAAGCAUGCGAUCUCAAACUUUUGAUGACCAGUACCCCUGACAAGCAGGCUGUAAACAGAGCAUUUUGGAGAACAUGUUCGUUGAUGCUAGGUGCCGUUGCAGAGAAUGCUUUCAAGGAUGAUAUCGCUGUUCACCUGCACAGUUUUCCGGCACCAAACCUCAGAUCUGGUAGUUUUGUGCAUGAUAUUUGUCUUGGUUUUAAUGACUGGCAGCCAACUACAGCGGAAUUACAGUCACUCUCCGCUCUGUUCGUGCAGUUAAGUCAGAAGAAAAUUCCCAUUGAACGAUUGGAGGUCAAAGAGGAUCUUGCUCUAGAAAUGUUCCAAGACAAUCCGUACAAAUCCAUGCAAAUUCCAGACAUUGCAAAGAACAAUAACAGCAAUGUUGUCCUCUACAGAAUGGGAGAACACAUAGAAAUCAGCAAGGGGCCAAUGGUUGGAAAUACCAGUCACAUCGGGAAAUGUACCAUUGCUUCUAUUCACAAGUUAUCUACCGAUGAAAUUGGGACACUCUACAGAUUCCAAGGAGUCGCACUUCCCGCUGGACUUUUACUCAAUCAUUUUGCCUAUGGAAUUCUUGAGGAGAGAGCAAAAAAGUUUAACAGUAGUAUAUGGGUCCCCAAUAAGAUCACUGAAGACACCGAUGAUCACGUAGCAGCAGCAGUUAAUUAGUAUCAUUAUUUUCAUGUAAUUAUUACAAUUCAAAUUAAAUUUCACCAAGAUUUAAAUAUUCUGUAAUUAAGUUUUUCAUACCUUUAGGUUUUUUCAUCCAUAAUAAUAUAUUUUUCCACAGACCAGCUGAAGAGUGAGAGCUAAACGCUAUAAAUAUUUUCUUUCGUAUUAAAUUCAAAUAGAACUGAAUAAAUAUUUGUUGUAUGGAAUACAUUUAUUAAUUUGUUUGAGGUACAUUCAGGUUACCGUCGACUAAUCUAACAGAAGUAUUUGAACCGUGAUAGUAUACAGGACUCGUACAGUUUGUUUGAGCAUGAAAAUCGUAUUGUUUUGUUUGUUCACGGGAUUGCUGGCUUUAGCCAUUUGUAAGGAUGCUAUUCUUCGAUUCUAUUUCAUUGCCGACGAAGCCGUGGAUUGGGCUGUUACACAGAGUCGAUGCGAAUGGGCUAAAUCUGUUUUCCCCUGCCCCUGUAGUAUUCAGUUGUGGCAAUGAUGCAAGGAUCUCAUCCAGAGGAUAUAAUCAGACAUGGCAAGUCGGUAAUUCGGUUAUUUUUCAACUUCGUUAAUUUCAUUAUUUCUAAUUCAAUGUUUUCAACAUCAUUCAGGUCUGGACCUCAUAAUUGAACUAUAACGGUGUUGAAUCGUGCUCACAACGGACUGCCCUUGACCACCAACGAUUGUUUAUUAUCUGCUUGUCUUUUUAUCUAAUAAGUAAGAACUUUCUUCUUGCAGUUACCUACUCAGGUAAUGAAACAACAGUAAUGAAUCAAUAUUAACUAAAAAGUUACUAUUAAUGACGUUGCAUUUAUCAUAACAAAGCCAAAUGAUACGAAACAAAGCAAUUUCACAAUUACUAAACGAAAUUAACUGCUUAGAGCCACAGGAAAUAAAAUAAAAUUAGAAACGGUUUCAUUUUGGGUACCAUAAAACCUGGCCGUUGGAUUUAAUUCAUAAUAAUUAAUAAGUAAAAAGGAAUUUCACUUCAAAUUAUUAUUAUCUAGGUAAUCUCAUCAUUCUAAAUUAUUAUUGAUUAUUCGACUCGACGUUUUUUGAAAUAAUCAUUCAAAUCUUAUUAGCGAGGUGAAAUUAAUGUAGGUUUAACAUACAUACUUAUAUGACAGGUAAUAUAGUGAAAGUAACAAGAACAAAUCCUGAAUUUUUGCCAUCUGGGUUGAAACUAAUCAUUUUAUUUUUUUUUUUCACUUCACAUCAGCAGUCGCUUUAGUUCGUUAUCGUAUAACAAGUGAUUAAACAGUCACGUAAGUUUAAAGGCCGAUAUUCUUUAUCACAUUGAGAUAACGUGAUAUGUGGAUGAAACAAUACGUGAUUUUAAUUUCGUAAUUUAUUUUGCAAGAUAAUUACCGAUAAUCAGGAAUAGUCUGUCAAUUGAUACAGGGAACAUUCAAUAUAAUUUAUACCUUCCCUAGUAGAAGGAUAUAAAAUUAUUUGAAGCAUAUAAGCAUGUAUGAGGAAGUACCUACAGGUUGCGACCUUGGCCAGACUUGGCAUAACAGCCCGCAGCGGUACACGACCUGGUUUAAAUAUCUAUUUACUCAAUUAAUCAAUAUUAAUUAUUUCAUUAGAAAUUUUAUUCAACGUCGAUAAACAUUUCGCAAUGUACAUUACAAUGAUGAUUAAUUUUUACAAUACCCAAAAAAUAGAAAAUUUGUGUCCACAGAUGUACCUAUUAUGAUAACAAAACACUGCGAGAUAUUAUUCCGUUGAAAACUGGAGAAAGAAAAAAAUGGCGAACAAAAAUCAGUCGAUAUUCAUACAAAAAUUUUAAAAUCACUGGGUAAGAAAAUAUUGGAGGUCUUAUGGCCGCUAAUUUCGGCAUGUUUUGGCGGUCACCCUGGUUACGUUACGUUCAAGAAUUGCGUAUGUAUUGGCUAGGGUCCAGCUUUGUGGACAGGGACAGCUCAUAGUUGACGAGGAGUACGACUUAUAUCACGCAAACACGUUUUGUGUUGACUGCUGCAGGCCGAAGAGCAGUUUGAUCACUAACUCAACUUACUCUGUUGGAGGCGGUAAAUCCCUCCACAAAAUUCCUGCACGAAGCAUAUCAUCGGUAUCAGCUGUGACGGUGAAUUUUAAUAAUUCCAUUUCAUCCCAUACUGACAGCAAUAAUAAUAAGAAUCAAAUAAUUCAUUUCACAGAGAUAAAAAAUUAGCGGGCAUAAA